UCCUCCUGUGUCCCCUUCGCCCCCCUCCUUUGGGGGCCCCGUGACCCUGAAUGUGGGGGGCACACUAUAUUCCACUACUUUGGAGACCCUGACCCGCUUCCCAGACUCCAUGCUGGGGGCCAUGUUUAGGGCUGGCACCCCCAUGCCCCCCAACCUCCAACCUCAGGGAGGCGGCCACUACUUCAUCGACCGCGACGGCAAAGCCUUCCGGCAUAUCCUCAAUUUCCUGCGGCUGGGCCGCCUGGACCUGCCCCGCGGAUACGGGGAGACGGCUCUUCUCAAGGCAGAAGCUGACUUCUACCAGAUCCGGCCCCUCCUGGAUGCCCUGCGCGAACUGGAGACAUCUCGGGGGGGCCCUGCACCCACAGCUGCCCUGCUCCACGCAGAUGUGGAUACCAGCCCCCGCCUAGUGCACUUCUCUGCUCGCCGGGGCCCUCACCACUAUGAGCUGAGCUCCGUCCAGGUGGACACCUUUCGUGCCAACCUUUUCUGCACUGACCCUGAGUGUCUGGGUGCCUUGCGGGCCCGAUUUGGCAUAGCCAAUGGGGACAGAGCAGAGGGAGGUCCACACUUUCGGUUGGAGUGGGCCCCCCGCCCCGUGGAACUCCCUGAGGUGGAGUAUGCCAGACUGGGGCUGCAGCCGCUGUGGGCUGGGGGGCCAGGAGAGCCGCGGGAAGUAGUGGGCACACCGGGCUUCCUGGAAGAGGUGCUGCGGGUGGCUCUGGAGCACGGCUUCCGCCUGGACUCGGUCUUCCCAGACCCUGAGGACCUGCUCAACUCCCGAUCCCUGCGCUUUGUCCGGCACUGAGGAUGCUUCAUCGUGGGGGGAGAGGGAUGGGGAGCUGUGAGAGUCAGGGCCCACUGCACCUGACUGGAGCCUAGAUGUGGGCAGGAAUUCUCAAACCUGAGCCCACCUGGGGGCUUGCAUGUAAUCCAGAGGGUCUGAAGUGUUGCUAGGCCUGGGAGGGGCGGGAAGGUUUCCCUGCCUUGUUCUCACCUGAGGUUAGGGACCCCAGCAUCUCCUUCAUUGGAGCUCAGUGUUCAGGGUCUGCAAAAGCAGGGAACAACUCCCUGCCCAGGCUAUGCCUAGAAGAACCCUGGGGGGACACUGAGGUCCAAGGGAGGGGCUUUGGAUUGCCCUAAUGUGGUCUCCUGGACAGAACACUGUGGCUUCUGAAAAUGGUGGCCUGGGCUGGCCUGACUAAUGAGAGGCCAGAAAACUCUGGAAUGUGGGAAGGAAUGUUCUUUGCUUUGUCCCAAGCCACCUACAGAGGGAAACAGAAAGGCUACUAACUCCAUCCAGGUUGGCAUGAAGAAGCUAGGAGAGCCCCAUUAGCUACUGGGCUUGAGCACCCCUCUGGAGAUCCAAGUAGUAUUUCAAAGGAUCCCAUAUUAAGGGCGGGGUUGGCCAUGGGGAAGAGGGUGGCAUUUCCUUGGGUCCUGGCCUCAGUUCCCUCAUGGGGACCAGGGUGUAUGUACGUGAGAGUCAGCCAGUGUGUGUCUGACUCACGUGUGAGUCCCUGGCAUCCUGGGUCCCCAACUGCGUUAUUGCCUUUGGUGCCUGUGUGCUGGUCCUCCUGUGGUCUCUGCAAGUGCAGGCCUGUUGGGGUUGCCCAGCAACUGUUUUGACACAGGGUGUGUCUGUAGUAUGUGUGAAUAGACUGAGAAUUAGUUUAAUCACAGGGCGUGUGUGUAUAUGUGUGCGUGUGCAUGCUCACACAUCAUCAUGUAGGCAGAGAGAGGUCUUUUGGAGUUUCAGUCACUAGGAUUUCCUGGUGAGAAGGGAGAGAAGUCGCUGGGCUUAGCUGGUCUCUGAAGCCUGUAUGGAA